CUCCAUAAAGGCUUAGAGGCGGUCGCUAAGAGCCGCGAGGAAGCUACCCCAGAACCUACUUACUCGACUGACAAUUUCGAAUCACACCUUCAGUACCAAGCGGAAUUACUACGAAUGCAUUUCACACCCCUUGAAGCCGAGAAGUACCGACAAGGAAUACCGGUCUCAAAAUACUGGGAGUGUGAAGUACAACUCUUUGGCGAUAUCGCGAAUGAACUUCGAGGGCACCCGCGGAAGACGGAGGAUUGGAGGAAUCAUGCGAUACUCCUCAAGCGCUUCCUGAUCUCUUUGGGGGUUCCCGAGGACCAACUUGAGCAACGGCGACGCUCUAUUAGCGACCAACUAUACUGGCAACAUGAAUUAGAUUGCUUAAAGCGGGCGUCAAAGCGUCAUGAAUACGAAUUGAAGAAGAUGUGGAAACAACAACACGAUCAGCGCCAGAAGCGGGUGGGCCAUCGAUCAGUGCAAACGAGGCAGCCACUCUCGAAUUCCUUAACACAAACAGCCGACCAUAUAUCGAACCUCACCAACGUCGUCCUGUUCCUUGCCAACUUCAAGGGCGGUUCAAAUACAAAUAUUAUCGAUUUGUCGGGCAAUAAGGAUUUUGCGUUCAAACCUCCUAGUAAGGAUGCGGACCCGAAUGCAGCAUGGCUGGGCGAUCUCUCAGAAGAACCUACACCCCCCAUUCUUUGUCUCAAAUUUGGCGAGAAUAUGUUCUCUUCAGAGGGUUGGGUCGGAGGCUCGGCGUCAGACACCGAUGUUGCUGAUGUUCAGCUCGCGCCAGACAAUAGCACUGGCGUAAGCAGGCGACACUUCCGAAUCGACAUCAAUCCGCUAACAUGCCACCCAAGAGUGACGGUUUUGUCGAGGAAUUUACGACUUCUCAUUGAAGGUAAUCGGCUUCAACUUACGGAAAACGAUGACAUAGAGAUUAGAAGUUCCGCUAUCUUCGACCUGGGCGCUAUAAAUUUCCAUGUCUGGCGCCCAAAGCUCACACUUCUCGAGGCUAGAGCAUAUCGUGAAAAAGCUAUUAAAUUUAGUGAAGAAGCCGUGGACGCGCUUCCCAAAUACAUUCCCUCUCUCAAGAGCGCCCCUGAGACGAUAACCUCUAAUGUACGGUAUGGUCCAAACGACAAGGUCUACGUAUAUCAGGGUGACAGUGGUAAAGGGGCCUCGGCUUCGGUUAUGGCGGUAAAGGAACUAAACUCGGGCAAAACCUUUGCUGCCAAGGAGCCAUACUAUAAAGUAUCUGACAACGCGGGGAAGAGAAGGGAUCGGUGGGAGAUGCUAAACAAAGAAUAUACAUGUAUUCUUGGCUUGGAUCACCCUCACAUUGUGAAGGUUCACGAUAUCGUGCUAGCGCAAGAUGAAACGGAACCUCCCUGGAUGAUCGAGGAUCAUAUUUCGAUCUGCCUCAACGAUCCCGGCAUUCCAAAACUCACUUAUAAUGACACUAUUAACGUAGCUACUCAACUUCUCAGUGCUUUAGCAUAUAUACACUCUGUCGACAUUAUACAUCGUGAUGUAAAACCGAGCAAUAUCCUCAUGGAGGGUACAACGGCUAUACUCGGAGAUUUCGGGGCCGCACAACGCUGUGUGCAAGGAAACUUGGAUACCUUUACUGGGUCACCGAUCUAUUUAGCUCCAGAAUUUCUUGAGGAGCAGCGAAACUAUAAUAACAAGGUCGACAUGUUCUCCUGCGGAAUGGUUCUCCUUGAGCGUCUUUCUAAAUGGGAUCCCCAAUCGGACUCGAGAUGGCCAAGCAAUGCGCUAAACCGUCGUAUGCAUAAGCAAUGGAUGCGUCAGACCGUGUUACCGCACAUUUCGGAGUUGCCAGAGGAUAUUCGGCCGCUCCUACGCGGUCUACUUCGUAGACGGCCUGAGAAGAGAUGGUCUGCGCUCAAGUGUUUAGAAUGGUUG